GAAGGAUUUGUUGCAGUGGCUUCAUUGCAGAGAAAUCUCAGUUUCUAAGACAGACACAGUUAUAUGUUUUGCUGGAAAUAGGAAAUAAGCUGUGAAACCGGCAUCCAGAUUAGGCGUCAUGAGGCCCGCCCUGCUUUGUCUAUUGUUUUGCUCAACCGUCUUAAGGGCGACUGAGGGAUCACGGCUGAGAAGACUUGAAGCUGAUGUCAAACUUCUUAAAACCUUUAUAUUCGGGGAGUUAACAUCUAUUCGAGAUGAGGUCAAAGAAAUCUCUAACAGAGUCGACAUUUUGGAAAACAACACCGUCACGCAUGACCCGAGCAGUCCUAACCAGGAAAAGAACAUCACUUUCUACAACCUUGGUGAUAAAACGGGAGAAAGUGGCAAAACACUCGUACGCGCUGGGAAUAACGAAGCAAGUCUUGCUGUAAUUACAGUGGUUCAAAAUAUGCGCAAGGCUUACGCAAAUGACAAAAAGGACCUACAUCAACUUAAACAAGACGUUAAAGGUCAACUGAGAGAGCUUGAACAAAAGAUAACUAGCCAUAUGCAUAACCUGACUGCAGACGUGCAACACAAUAUCGAGUACAUUCAUGAAAAUAUAUCGCUGGCAAACGUUACUUUGUCAGAGUUCAUCAAUGGGUCUAUUUCAAACGUUAAUAUUUUUUCUAACAAUAUCAAAAAGGAAAUGAAAGCGUUAUCUGCGAACACAAAUGAACAGCUUGCGCUAAUGAUAAAUCAAACUGAAACGAACUUGAACCAAAAUAUCACUAAAACAUACCAUGAGAAAGAGGAUAAAAUUGAAACAUUCAUUUCAAUUGCUGAUCGCAAUGUUAGUGAAAUGAUGCUAAAAGCAGAUACAAUUUUCAGUAUGCUUCGUAUUUACUUUUCGGAAACGCUGACUAAAAUAAGCACCUUAUCAUUAGCUCUUCAAACAGUAAACCAGAACAUUCAACACCAUGAAGAAAAACUGACACAUGAUUUUAAGCAAUCAAGCAUGUUAACAUGUAACGAAGACUUUAUUGCAAACAAUGGAAGAAUAAAAGAUGGUUACUAUUACCCAUGCGCUAAAGACAUCCGUCUGGCCAACGUUUAUCCAUACCGCUCCACCGGCGUCCAGGGGCGGUUAGAGGUCCGUCACGAUAGGAAGUGGGGAACGGUAUGUGAUGACAGCUUUCAGAGUAAUGUUGGUGAACCUUAUAUAACAAACAACGUUAACAUGGUGUGUAGGAUGUUCGGGUUCCGAGAAUGUCAGUAUAUGCUAAAUGCAGUUCAGGGUAGGGGCAGUGGAGAUAUCUGGAUGAACUAUGUGAGAUGUGAUGGGCAAAGUAGCUUCUUGGAUUGCCCUCACGAGGGUUGGGGGAACGGUGGCUGUACUCAUUAUGAGGACAUAGGGUUUCGUAUGUGGAACUAAAAUAGUUUAAACAUAAAUUUACGAUCAAAUGAAAGGAUUUAUAUUUUAUUUAUAAAAAAGUGUUGUUUUCUUCUGGAUAAUGAAUUAAAUAACAAUAGGUUAUGCAUUUGCAAUUGAAACGUUGUUUUUUAUUAUGACGGUGGAUAUUUUGUCAAUAAAUCUGCAUUUAGAUGAAUGUUUAUGCAAGGAAAUGAACAUGGCGAAAAAUGGCGAAUUGAAACGAUAUAAUAGACGUUCUAUGAAGCACGCCAAAAACAUCUAAAAUUCGCAUGCUCCUGAGAAGUCUCGUAUUAGGUUAUAUCAAUGACUAUCGUCCUAUCAACAAGGAUUAUUGGAGAUAAAAUAGAUUAAUAUUUUUAGUAAAUGUCUGAUCAUUUGUACAAGAUCUCAGAAUACCACUAUAUACGCUAUAAACUGCAUAUCGGUAGCGACAUACAGCACAAAAUUAAUGUCAAGUGGCAUUAUUCAAUAUGAUAACAAGACGUCCGCUAUUAAUAAACAGCCGUGAUCAAUGCAACAAUAUCUAAAUAUUUAAUGUUUUUUAUGUACCAGCCAAUUAUCGAGUAGAAAAAAGUUUGUACAACAAAUAUUAAACACGUUUUAACUCUGUCAGUAUGUAUAUUAUAUUCAUAUGUUAUGUAUGUGUGUCUUAAUGACUCUCAUGAUUGUAUAAAGUGUUGCUAAACAUAGGUUUCUCUCGUUAUAUUUUGCUUUGUACAUUUGCAUAUUGCUUGUUCUGUUAUAUUAAAUAGCCUCGUUCUUAUUAUGUUUUUCUUUUUCCAUAUCAUGACAUGUUAUGAUGAAAUUAAUUAUUUAUAUGAGCUGAACAGUAGAUCUGUUCAUCGUCUGAGUACGCAAAAGUCAAAUGUUUGUCUUUUUCUACACGUUUUCAGUGUGCGAACUAUUUGUCGAACAUAUUCUAAAGACACACAAUCUAAACACUGGUCAAACACAUUAAAAAGGCAUACACUAUGAACAUUUGUCCACAACGUUUGAAAGGCACACACUAUGAACAUUUGUCCAAAACGUUUUAAAGGCAAAACAUCUGAAACAUAUGUGUACAACACGUUUUAAAUGCACAAACUAGGACCAUUGAUCCAAUACGUUUUAAACGCACAAACUAUGAAAAUUGGUCCAAUACGUUUUAAAUAAAGUCAGACAUUCUAAACAAUGUACGA